CCUGCAAUCUUUCUGUGGCUUUGUUUACACCGUAAAAUUAUUUGAUACGUGAACCAAAAUGAUGCGUACCAAAUGUUAAAUCCGACUGCGUUUACACCAUGUGUAUUAAGUGUGCAAAAAAGUACAUUAAGGUUAGGUUUGAUACAGAAACGUAUUAUAUUUAAUUUGGUUGGAAAAUCGGUGAUCCUUAGAUUGCGAUGGAUUCGGAAAAUAUUAUCAGUUGUUUAUUUACAAGCUUAGUCGGACUUUUAAAAAUAAGUCAAAAUUUUCGAAGAAAACCUCAUCUCACCUAACCGUAACGUUCCUUCGAUAAUUAUUAUUUAAUGCGCUACAGUUUACACCGACACAAAAUUACUUGAUACGCAUACUAAAUUGGUACGAUACUCCUUUUGCAAGCGUAUCGUACCAGUUCAGUAUGCUAUCGUUUACACCGCUGGACUAAAUCAAUUUAGUUAGAAGACGUGCUCGACGUUCACUCAACGUCCCGAACGGAACUUUCCGAGUUAAGAAGAGGUUAGAUUAGAAAGAAGAGACUGUGUACAGAAAGGAGAGGAAUAAAAAGAAAUAAAAUGUCACUCUUUCCUGCUUAUUCGAACGACAAAACCGUAUCGGCAAAUUGCGGCGACACAGGUAAUGUUGCCACCGAGUGGUUAUCGAAUUCAAGUUUUCAAACGCAAAUCCCCAAAAGGGAGCCUCCUGAUCAGUUCUCCUCGUCGGACGAGUCUCUGCAUGAACCUUCGCUUAAUGCGGAAAAGCAAGCACCACCUGAAACAAUCCCUGGUUGCACAAAGGUACACGAGAGGCCUAGAGCUCACAAGGAGCAGAGAAUUGAAAAGAAAAGAUGUGCGCGCGACAGUAAACGGCACAAGCCAGGGUAUGAGCUGGACGUCAAGAACGUGUACUUUGAAGACAGGCGUAGAGAUAAAGGGAACAACAACAUAGAUACAUUCUGUUCGAGAGUGAGACCGUAUUACAAUGUCGGUGAGAAAUCGCUCUGUUACGUUAAGCGCAAGCAACCGAAGAAGGAUCCGUGUCGCAGAUAUUACACGAGGAACAUCGACUCUGCAGAAACGGCGACGAAGGAUACGGUCAUCAAGAGGACGAGCGAGAAAGGAGCCUCGGUGAAGCAGCAGGAGGACGCAAACGAAAGCGCGCCUUCUUGGUGUAAGAACUUGGAAGAGGAGCAGAAAUCCAAAACUCGCGAAUAUAACAAACAACUGACGGAAGAUCCGCAUAAUGUUGAACUCUGGUUGCAAUACGUUGACUUUCAGGAUACCCUGGCUUAUUAUCAGAGACACCAAUUGGCUAAAGAUACGCAUCGAUCUACAGUAUUGAAAAAGUUAUCUAUCGUUGAGAAAGCGCUUGAGAAAAAUGCAGAUUCCACGGAAUUGUUAAAAUUGAAGCUACACUUCAUGACUGAAUUAACACCGUCUGACGAGCUGUCGAAUCAAUUGGAGGCGUUGGUUAAUAAAGAUUCGGGGAAUCUUGUGUUGUGGCAGCAUUUUAUCAUGGUCACCCAAGCGUCAGUGGCGAUGUGUACUGUACCACGAGUUUUGGAUUUGUAUUCAAAGUGCUUCGGCAUUCUGAGGCAACGCUCGAGAACAAAUCCUUCUGUCUACGAUUCGCAGUUGUUGCAUAUGCUGUACCAAUGCUUGACUUUCCUGAGGCAUACAGGAUUAUGGGAGCAAAUGUGGGAAACAAUACGUUUAAAUCUGAAUUUGAAUCUGAACUUGAACAAGGCCAGUUUAUCCUUUCGAGGGUCCAUAGAUGAAAAAAAAUUAAUUGGAAUGGAAGAAGUGAUAUUAAUGUCGCGAUUACCACUAAAUCAACUGUGGCAACGAACAGAGUCGCUAAGAGAGAAUUGCCAUUGGAUUAGCGUUAAUAGAGACGAGUUGGAAUUGGUGGGAGAUUCCAGAAGAUUUAUUGUGCCAGAAGACGUGGCGGACUUUGUGCAUCCGAUUCUCUCUCGCAAUUCAAACUUUCAAAUGGCCAUCUAUUCUAUUUUGUGUCUGAAAGUACCGCUUCUACCUUGUCGAGAUCACUACAUGAAAGAAUUGUCAUUGAAAAACUUCCAUUGGGGAGUAGAAUCUUUGGAAGCGCUGCUUCCGUUCAUGUACCCUAUGGUAGGUGAAAUGGCUGGUCACGAUCAAAGGAAGGAAUUAUUGAAGGAUGUUCUCGAAGGACGUUUAACGUCAGGUCCUCAAUAUCUCAAGUUCCAUCCGGCGCAGGAACCGUACCUAGAUUUUGUGCGCAAGACAUUUCACACAAUCGCGGAAAGUUUGCCUCCGCUGCAACGAACAAGCAUAUAUGUCUGGUGGUUGCGACUGGAGAGGCUACUGGUUUCUCUCGGCAAAGACGAAUCUUUAAAACACGAUAACAAAGAAAAGAAAUUAAGGGCGACAUUGAAAGAAUUUUUGAAAGGGAAUGAAAAUAGGAAUAACUUGUAUUUCUAUAAGGAAUACGCCCUAAUAGAACUCGAAAUGGGCCGAUUCGGCAACUGCAUGAAUAUUCUCGAGACUGCCAUUCAGUCUCAAGGGACAUGUCCGUCUGCAAUUACCGACACGUGUGAAAGGGCGGCACUUUUUAAUGUAUAUAGAACAUUUAUCGAAACCUUGCUUGAUAUUAGAACGUAUAGCGAGUCGCACAGACAAUGGAUACUAAAAGUCUUCGGUCAAAUGGUACCCGGCGGAAACGAAAAUCAAGAAUCACCGAUUGAAGCGUAUUUGCAUUCGUGUGUGCAAGAUUUUCUGCAAGUUCCUCCCAACGUGAAGGAAAAGGACACCUUUUUCUUGUCCAACUUGGAGUGCGACGCGAUCGUAUGCUACGUAUAUUUCCUGUAUAUUAAAGACGGCGAUAUCCAAACUGUUGUCGACACAUUGAGGAACUGUAUCGACCAUUCCAAGGAUUAUCCUUACUUACAGGAAAUGUUGUGCGAGAGUCAAAUUGCAAUUCUGCAGCUGCAUCAGGAACGGACUCGGAGUAUGCAGACUGCGUUGAAAGAAACUCUAAGCAGGACUUUAAAUAUAUACCCGAAUAACUUUUACGCUUUGUCUGUAUUUGCUGGCAUAGAGAGUGAAUUGCCUACCUGGAGAUUCAACAGUAGAAGCACAGAGAUCGAACUGUGGCGAGCUAUGGCGAUGUGCUUGGCGGCUCGUAGACGUAUUGGCCUCCUAGCGAAACUUAAUCAUUCGGACGCAGUAAAUGCCGCGCUGAACAAGCUAUUAUCGUUUCAUCUAACACUCUCCAGGCUGCGAUCAACCCACCGUUGCCCGUUGCUGUGGAGACUGCACAUGCUCCUUCUGCGCGAGCAUAAUUUAUGCGAGAAAAAGGGGGAAGAGAUUUAUCACCAGAGCGUCACGCAGUGUCCAUGGGCAAGAAGCGUUUACAUAGACGCAGCUGAGGUAGCGCCUCAGCUUCUCACUCAGAUCCAAGAUCUGAUACGCGAAAAGGAAUUAAGAAUGCACGUCACACCCGAGGAAUUGGAUAUUCUUCGCGGAUAAAAUAUAAUUGUCCAAUCAUGUUUAUAGAAGAAAGUACAAAACUGUCUUACGUAUAUUUCGUAAUUUAUACGUUACCCCCUAAUGUGGCGAGGUAUACUUACGGAAGAAUAGCUGCUUUCCUUUUACACUUAAGUGAUACUGAGUCACUUAGUUAUGUGAGCACACGGUCUUGAUCGUGUGCAAAAACUCAGUUAAAUCUGGUUGAAUCUCACUUCUCAAGAAUCAAAGGGAACAUGCAUUCAACUGAGUUAUGACGGCUCAAGUGAGAUUUAUCUGAGUUUUCAUGUAAAAGGAAAGCAACUUAUAUUUGAAUGUAUCGUGUAACGUGCAAGUUGGAGACACCUGAGAGAUAGAAAGUGUAAAUAAGAGAUGUAAUAAAAUGUACAAUUCUCAUUUUCAUGUUGCAAUAAAACAUAUUCGAUCAUGCGA